AUGACAACGGAUAUAAAAAGAGACUUUAUCGACGAUCCAAAUCCGAUUUAUUUAUAUUCCGACGGAGAGAUGACGCAAUUCGAAGAAGUCGCUGGAACUUGUUCAAACAAAGAUAACCACGAUGAACUUUGUCUGACAAUACGAAGUAUUACCAUCGGAACGAUUUCCGUCGUUGGAAUCGCCAUUCUUCAUCAAUGGACAAAGUAUACGUACAGUUACACAUACAUCAGCCCGAUUUUAAGUGUCAUUUUAUCAUAUCCAUUGGGUCAUUUAUGGACGUGGAUUGUUCCGCAUGCGCAGAAAUUUACUCAGAAGGAACACGGAUUGAUAUUAGUCAUGACGAAUAUCUCUUGGAUGUAUUUUUCGGUGUUUAAUUACGCAACGUCGGCAACGUUGCCGUUGUUAGAAUAUGACCAACGAAAUUUUGUCAAUUAUUUUUUUCUUGUCGUUGCACUCCAGUUCAUCGGCUUUGGACUUGCAGGUAUUAUGCGACGAUUUUUAGUUUGGCCAACAGAAAUUAUCUGGCCACAAAAUUUACCAUUGAUCGCGACUUUGCGUACAUUACACGAACAUCAAUUACCGGUGAUAAACUAUUAUAAUAAAACUCAACUGAUACAAAAAAUUAAGAAAUUCUUCUUAGAAAAGAAAAUCCAUUUUUUCAUUUUAGUAACAAUUCUCGCAUUUAUUUACGAAUGGUUUCCGCUCUAUAUUGUCUCUGCUCUAUCUGUAUUCUCUUGGGCAUGUCUAUUCAAUCAAUCGAAUUAUCUUCUCGCGCAGUUAACCGCUGUUCGUGGCCUCGCCUUGGCUGGAGGCGGGUUAACUUUAGAUUGGUCUCAAAUCACAAUGUAUCUCGGUUCACCAUUGAUCCUUCCUCGAUGGGCAAUUGUGAAUAUUUCGUUUGGUUUUGCUUUGAUUAUUUGGUUUAUUGUUCCGAUUGUCUAUGGAUUCAAUGUCCGAAAUGUCAAAGACAGUCCCAUCGGUGGAAUGAUGUUUCUCGGGAUAACAUCAAUGGNCAACUUAUCGAAUAGUUUGUUUUCAACAACAUUGGAUCGUCAAGUGGCCAUGUUCAUGCUUGAGUCUUCAUCAUCGGUACGACAUGAAAAUGAGUUGGAAAGUGUUCUUUUCCUAAUUGAAUUGGAUGUGCGAAUGGCUUCUCGUCCUUACGCAAAUAUAUCGCAUCUGAGCAAUUUCCGUGAAGAAUCUGAAGUUCUUUUUUCCAUUGGUACAGAAUUCGAAAUUAUCGAUGUCAAUUAUACAGAAAAUAAUUGGAUAGUUGAUCUGCGGCUAAACGGAAACUGCUUUAAAUACAGUGAGGAUUUAGCUCGUUUGACUCCAAGAAGAGCUUUUAUUUCUUGCGUGGAUAAACUCAUUCACACGUACCAGGUGCCAUCACCAGAGGAAGUAGAAAACAUUUUCAAUGGUCUACAAAGAUUACAUCCAGAGGAAAAAUGGAUUCCAACUGCGAAGCAUUACUGCUGGACACAGUACCAACAACACAUAAUAAAGGAUUACGAAAAAGCGAUGUUGGGACACGACAAAGCGAUAGAUAUAUGGCGCGAAUGCAUUCCGGAUAAUGAUAGUGAACUGAACUGUUGGUCUCAUAUCGGUGAUAUCCAUGGAUCCAUAGGAUGA